GCGAUGACGCAAGUUCUCUGGCGGCAGUUCUCGCGAGAUCGAGCAAACGCUUCCUCUUGGUUGGUUAGCGGCUUCCUGGCCGGACUUUUUCCCCCUCCUUUUUUCUUGGGGGAAAUUUCAACUUCUGUUUUCGCGGCUCCUCCGAGCCAAACUAUUUCGGACAGCGUUUCUCGCCCGGUCCUGAGGCUGUGAACGAUAGGCCUAACUUGUCUUUUGCCGCCUUUUGUCUGUGGGAGCGCUCGCGAGUCAGAGGCCGUGCCGGAGAGACAUUCCAGCGAUGCACGCGCUUAAAUAAACUGCAUUUCCUGCACUUUUACCUCUGAGCCACUCGCUUUUUCAUUUGACACUUUAAUUUCACCUGGAGCAGCUUUUGAGAGCAUGAUUGGGUGUUGAAAUUUGGGGCUUGCUAAUCUCAGAAACUUCCACUACAAGGGUUUGUGUAUCAGUUUGAAGUAUUGGAUGUCAGUAGAGACAACCUGGUUGCUUUCUUUGAAAUUGAUAACUUUGCAAGUAUGGCACCAAAAAGAAGACCAGUCCCCUUGAUUAUAACCCCCACUGGAGAGGGACAGUCAACCAACAUUGAUGCAGCAGCAGAGGCCAACCUGGAGGCCUUGCAGAGGAAGUUAGGUGAGCUGGAUUUGGAUGAACAGCAGAGGAAGCGCCUCGAAGCUUUCCUCACCCAGAAAGCCCAGGUGGGCGAGCUCAAGGAUGAAGAUUUCGAACCCAUAUGUGAACUUGGCGCUGGUAAUGGUGGAGUGGUUCAUAAAGUCCGUCACAAACCCUCGAGACUGGUUAUGGCCAGGAAGCUUAUACACUUGGAAAUCAAACCAGCCAUCAGGAACCAGAUUAUUCGAGAGCUGCAGGUUCUACACGAGUGUAACUCACCGUACAUUGUAGGGUUUUACGGCGCCUUCUACAGUGAUGGAGAAAUCAGCAUCUGUAUGGAGCACAUGGAUGGAGGCUCUUUGGAUCAAGUGCUCAAAGAAGCCAGAAGAAUCCCUGAGGAAAUUUUGGGCAAAGUUAGCAUAGCUGUACUCAGAGGUUUGGCGUAUCUUCGGGAGAAGCACCAAAUAAUGCACAGAGACGUUAAGCCCUCCAACAUCCUGGUGAACUCGCGCGGUGAGAUCAAACUGUGCGACUUUGGUGUGAGUGGCCAGCUCAUCGACUCUAUGGCCAACUCCUUCGUUGGAACACGGUCGUACAUGUCGCCGGAGAGACUCCAGGGCACGCACUACUCGGUUCAGUCGGAUGUGUGGAGCAUGGGCCUAUCACUGGUUGAGCUUGCUAUUGGACGCUACCCCAUCCCCCCUCCCGAUGCUAAGGAACUGGAGGCCAUAUUUGGCCGGCCAGUGCUGGAUGCAGGUGGGGCAGAAGGUCACAGCAUGUCUCCAAGACCCAGGCCUCCAGGACGACCAGUUAGUGGACACGGAAUGGACAGCAGGCCAGCAAUGGCUAUAUUUGAGCUACUGGACUACAUUGUCAAUGAGCCUCCACCCAAGCUCCCCCAUGGCGUCUUCACCACAGACUUUGAGGAGUUUGUGACAAAAUGCCUCAUAAAGAACCCUGCUGACAGAGCUGACCUCAAGAUGCUAAUGGGUCACACGUUCAUCAAGCGGGCUGAGGUUGAGGAGGUGGAUUUUGCUGGAUGGUUGUGUAAAACCAUGGGCCUUCACCAGCCUAGCACACCCACUCAUAGCGCUGAAUGAAUGCUGGCUCAUACCGUUGCCACCCAUGCCAUCCUCCACUCUACUUCUGUCCUCUUUGCUCUCACAGGCCUGUAUGCUUGUAAGCCUCCGACACACCGCUGUGCACUCUUUUGCCGUUCUCUGCUUGCUCUUCCCUUCCGCUGCAGUGCGUUCUGGGGGCAUUGUUUUAUAGGAGCCUCUGGUGUUGGAACACUUGGUCAUUUGAACGAAUAUGGAGAUUUAUAGUCACUUAAGUGAAGUGGCUGUAUUUUUAACGACCAGCUUAUUCAGGAAUGUGUCCAAAAUGGUUAAGAUCAACUGGGUUUUGGUUUUGUAUAACAGCAUUUUCAUUAGCUUUAUGAUGCUUUUCUUUUCACCGUCUGUUUAUUAAUUAAUCACAAUCACAAUCUCUGUUGCUAAUGUGCCAUUCGUUGGCAAUUAGCAUUACACUGUGUUAAGAUGUAUAGCCUGGUUCAAUGGCAAGCAUUUCAUUAUGAAUCAACUGCCGUUUAAAACAAGAUAAAAGAAUGAGAGAAAACCAAAGAGGGCUACUAUGGAUUAUACACUAUGGUUGGUUUAUUACUAAUUAUAAGGCGAUUAUUAUAAAUGCAGGAUGGCCAAAUCACCAAUUUAUCAAGCACAUGUGUACAAGUUUUUAACUUGUGCUUUGCAUGGCCAGUCACACCAACAAAUGGCCAUGCCGUGAGUUUGCACACAUUACCACAUAUUAAAAAAAGCUAUAUUAAAGUUCCUGUAUCAGAUGCCCUUAGUUCUGCUGUGCCUGUUAAAAAGAUCUCUUUUAGUAUUCAUAUUUGGUUUGAACACCAUUUGAUCCCCUUAACAUUGGCCCUUAAAAAUGUUUCAUCGCAUCUUUCUCAAGUAUAGUUUAAAUCAUGCUUGACUCAUUUUUGCGACCAGUGCUUGAACGGUUUUCUUAGAACGUGCUUUAUUGAAAUAAUCUGUAGAAAAGUAUAUUUGGGUAAAAUUAUUGUUUGUAAUUUAUGCUGUAAUGUCUUUGAUUUAAGUUUGAGUACAACCAGAGUUGCACAGUGCUUUUUCCAUGGACUCUAUGAAUUUGAACACAUCCAAAUGACUCCAACUA